AUGCCGGCCAAGUACCUGCAGGCGUUCGAGAGGAGAGGCGACCGGAGUUGCACGGGCGUCGACUGCGCGUGCCGCAUCCUCACCGGAAACGUGCCCUUCGGCCUCCCCAUCAGCCGCACCCUCGUCAUUUCCCUCCCCAAGGUCUGCAAGUCCCUCUCCGUCCAGCUCAUGUGCAGAGGGCCUAUUGCAUUUUGCUCCGGGGAAGCUAAUUAA